AUGUCUACCAUACUACCUUUCGUAGAAGACACGACACCCUCGGCCGAAAUCGUCGCACCUCCUAAAAGUGCUGGCACGGUACAGAGCAAGAAGAGAAAGAAGAACACUAAACCUGGUACGGCGAUAACGUCAUUCACGUACGAACAGGUCAAUGACGAUGCCGAUGAGUUGAUCGAAUUGCGAGGAGAGGGCCGUUAUUUCGGUGUGACAGAUCCGGAAUCGGGAGACACUAUCAACGCCCAACAGAGUCUCGGGCCUCUUUGCACCAACUGCCAUAAACGGGGCCAUAUACGAGCCAAAUGUAAGACUGUAGUUUGUCACCAAUGUGGAAAAAUAGGCGAUCAUUACGAAGCCCAGUGUCCUUCUACCUCUAUCUGUGGCAGAUGUGGCCAGAAGGGUCAUCUAGCCGCUGGAUGUACCAGUAAAAAGAAGAAGAGAGAAUACUGCAAAAACUGUGAUACUUUCAAUCACGGCGGAGACAGAUGUCCCUCGAUAUGGAGAUCGUAUUUGACUAAGAAGGAUGAAGACAAGGAAGAUGCACUCUUGGUUUUGCCUGUAUUAUAUUGCUAUAAUUGCGGGAGCAAGAACCACUAUGGGGAUGAUUGUGUAGAAGCCAGGUCGUCCAGAGUGCCGAACUUGGGUAGUGCCUUCAGUGGAAGCAAUCUUCCCAGGAAAUUGAGAUCUCUCUAUUUCUCACAGCGCUCAAAUGGAUCCAAUUCCAGG